UACGCAUGCGCAUGUUCAGAUCUCGACGUUUGAGUGUGAGCCAGAGAAGUCAUAAAGUUUGAAUGGCAGAAAUGGGCUUUUAGGAGUGUGCCGUGUCCAAGUCUGAAGCUCAGUACAGAGGGUGCAGUGCAGGAAAAGAUGAAAAGUAUGACAGCCAACGAGGAUCAAGAGAUGGAGCUUGAAGCUCUUCGCUCCAUCUAUGAGGGGGAUGAAUGUUUCAAGGAAAUCAGUCCAGUUUCUUUCCAAUUUAGGGUAGGAGAACUCGAGGACAGCAAAGCAUUCAUUCUGGACAUCACGUGGCCUGAGACGUACCCUGAAACUGCUCCACAGAUCUCACUUGAAGCUUUUUUCAACAACAGGAUCUCAGCAGAGACGAAGCAGCUGAUCCUGGCAAAGUUGGAGGAGCAGGUGGAGGCUAACCUGGGAGCUGCAAUGAUGUACACUCUGUUUGAGUGGGCAAAGGAGAACCAGGAGACGCUCAUGGAGAACCACAAGUCUAUAGUGACUGCUGUGACGCUGACAUCAAACAGUGAGGUGAGUGAACCUGCCACAGCAGCAAAGAAGAAGGAAAAGAAAGAACAGCUGACUAAAGCCCAGAAAAGAAGGAUGAUAAACAAAACAGAUCACAAAGGUGAGCUGCCCAGAGGCUGGAACUGGGUUGACGUAAUUAAGCAUGUAAGUGGCAAUGGUUAAAUGAACAUUUUUUGCAUAUUGACAACAUACAGAGUGACUUACUGUUUCAUUUUGCAUCCCUGCUGUAGCUCAGUAAAACUGGAGGGAAAGAUGAAGACUAGGUUGCACAGACAAGCUACGUGAGGCUGAUGUUGUCUGUAAUACUGCAGCUACAUGCUCCACUCAACAUGACUGCUUCCACAAUGAGGACAGUGUAUAAACUGGAUCUGCUCACAAUCCCAGUUAGACUCUGACUGUAAGCUGAAAAUGACCUGAAGGCUUUGCUGUGCUUGUGGUGGUUUACUUUUUUCUUCUUCUUUUUUUUUUUUUUAGCAGUCACAUCACUGCAAAAUCAAAUUUUCUUUUAUUUGAAAAUAUUUUUGAAAUUUUCAUUAUUUUUGAAAUUCAUGAAAUCUUUGAUUGCUCUUCACAAUAUCAUAGAAACAUGUUUAAAGACAGCAAAGUGUAUAAAACUAACUUUUGGCCAUAACUGUACAUGAGACGGAGAACACAUUAGGCUUUUGCUGAAGAGUGAGUCUCCUGCUCUGUGAUCCGUCAGGGUGAAGUGUGCUGGAGAUUGACUGAUCUGCUGCCCAGCACUGAGCUGUUGGGGUUCUCAGCUGAAGCGUUACGCUGCUGUUACUGUGAGGUACCAUGUGACUUGGUGAAAGCAGAGCUGCGUGUUACAUUUCUCAAUAUUUUCCUAUUUUGAUAAAUGUUCCUCUGCCCUUUGAAUUGUAAAGCCAGAAGUUUUUAUAUAGAAAUAAAAUC